GCCCGUGUCGCCGCCGCAUUCCUGACGCCGAGCCCUAAACGCUUCUACUCUCCUCAGUCCUCGCCCGCCCGCCUCUCCCUUUCCCAUCUCCCUCCGCCUUCCCCAAACCCUCAGAGAUGGCCUCGACCUGCUUCCGCGCCGCCGCCCGCGCCGCCACGGCGGCCUGCCGCUCGGCGGCCUCCCGCUCCAUGCCCUCCGUCGGCCGCUCCGCCGCCCGCCGCGCCCCGUUAAUCUCCAGGGUGCCGCUGGAGCUGGGGUGCUGCGCGGGAAUGUCGCUGCUGCCGCUGCACAGCGCGGUGGCCGCGGCGAGGCUGACUUCGCGGCUGAGCACGGCGUCCCGGAGCUCCUCCGCUCUCUCUCAGGGUAUCCUCUGUCGCACCUAUCCCGGACUUUAACAAUCGUACCAUCGAUGAAGCUGUUGUCUGUCUUUUCGGUUUGGGCACAUGAGUUGCUAGUUCUUGAAAGGUAUUUUACUGGAAGCUUGCUGUUUUGCUUCUCAAUCAUCAAGAAUGAGUGCCUAAACAUGUCAAAUUUGUACCUGAAGACUAGCUUUAUAUUAUUUACAUAUAAUUAUAGCCGCCUUUCUUGAAGAACAGAUUGAUGGAUAAAAUACGCCAUUUCCCUAUGUUUUACGCAGCGGUCGUGAUUUUGCUAAGCAACCUGUUUGUGAAAAAUAUAUGCAAUAUUAUUUAUGCAACUUUCCUAUAUUGUUCUCUCUUUGCUUUGUAAGACGGUUACAUUUUCUCUUGAAAUUCUAUUUAACAAAGUGAGUUGUAUGAA